UAAUUGACAGUCCACAGCCAAAUCAGGUUGCGAGGGUAUUACACCUUAUGUAUAGGUUAGUUGUACAGCCGAAUGCUGCAAGAGCUCAGAUGUUUGCAGAGGUAUUUAUAACAUCAGGUGGGAUAGAAACACUUCUUGUUCUGCUGCAGCGAGAAGCUAAAACUGGUGAGGAUAAUGUUUUAGCUAUGGGUAAGAGUGGAACAAGGUCAUCAACUGAUCAAAGUGAAAAGAGUCAGAACAACGGGUCUGAUUCUGUAAAGAAGUUGGAUUCCGGUGUUGACCCUUCUGGUCCUGAUGGAAAUUCUGUUGAGGAUGAUAAUGUAGGGUCUCCGAAUGAACCAGCAUCAGAUCCACAAGAAAAUGAGCAUGUAUUUUCAUCUGUCAUUUGUGAUAAUGACUCGAUUUCCAUUACCAAUUCCAUAGAUACUGAGAGAAUAUUGUCUGUUUCUGAAAUUGGUGGUAUAAGUCUUUCGAUUAGUGCUGAUAGUGCAAGAAAUAACGUGUACAAUGUUGACAAUAGUGAUGCUGUUGUCGUUGGGAUCAUUAGAUUGAUUGGUGCUUUAAUUUCUAGUGGGCACCUAACAUUUGAUUCGGUUGCCCGUUCUGAUUUGACAAGUAACAUCCUGGGUAGUGGACUCCAUGAAAAUGGAGGAACAAUGUUUGAUGAUAAAGUCGCAUUGCUCCUAUUUGCUUUGCUGAAAGCAUUUCAAUCUGCUCCAAACAGGCUGAUGACUGACAACGUCUAUACAACUUUGCUUGGAGCCUCGAUCAAUGCUUCAUCAACAGAAGAUGGCCUUAACUUUUAUGAUUCAGGUCAUCGCUUUGAACACUCCCAACUUUUGUUAGUCCUCCUGCGGUCUCUACCAUCUGCGUCCAUGGCUCUACAAAGCCGAGCACUUCAGGAUCUUCUCUUUUUGGCUUGUAGUCAUCCGGAAAAUAGAAGCAGUCUGACAAAAAUGGAAGAAUGGCCUGAGUGGAUCUUGGAGAUUUUGAUCUCGAAUUAUGAGAAAGAUGCUGGGAAACAGUCUGCUUCAGCGGGUUCUUCUGAGGUAGAAGAUCUAAUUCACAACUUCUUGAUCAUAAUGUUGGAACAUUCAAUGCGCCAAAAAGAUGGUUGGAAGGAUAUCGAGGCUACAAUUCAUUGUGCAGAGUGGCUUUCUAUCGUUGGUGGUUCUAGCACUGGAGAGCAAAGAAUUAGGCGUGAGGAGUCAUUACCAAUUUUCAAAAGAAGACUUUUUGGUGGUUUGCUAGACUUUGCUGCCAGAGAACUGCAGGCUCAGACUCAAGUUAUUGCUGCAGCAGCUGCUGGUGUUGCUGCAGAGGGUCUAGCACCAAAAGAUGCAAAGGCUGGAGCAGAAAAUGCUGCUCAGCUUUCUGUCUUUCUGGUGGAAAAUGCAAUCGUGAUUUUGAUGCUCGUAGAAGAUCAUUUGAGGUUACAAAGCAAACAAACUUGUACAACAAAUGCAGUUGAUGCUUCUCCGUCUCCUCUUUCUCUUGUUUCUCUUAAAAAUCGUACAAGCACACUGACAGCGAUCGGAGAAUCGUCAGAGAUUUCUAGCAGUCGCGCUUCAAUGUCAAGUGAUUCAGGGAAGGUCCCUUUGGAUACUAUUUUUCGAAAUCCAAAAGAAAUAAAACCGUAUGCUGUCCAAGCUCCGGAACGCUGCAACUUACCGGCCUCAGCUAUUCAGGCAUCUUCAGAUAGUGUUGUGAUUGUGGACAUGAAUGUGCCAGCAGCUCGUGUUGCACAGCACAAGUGGCAACCAAACACCCCUGAUGGCCAAGGUACUCCUUUCCUCUUUCAUCAUGGGAAGGCAACAGCGACUUCAACUAGUGGAUCAUUGAUGCGCAUGUUCAAGGGUCCAGCUAGUUCUGGAACUGGUGACUGGCAAUUUCCUCAGGCACAGGCAUUUGCCGCAUCAGGAAUCAGAAGUUCCUCCGUUGUUGUUAUUACAAGCGACGGGGAAAUAAUUACAGGUGGACAUGCGGAUAACAGUAUUAAGCUAGUCUCAUCUGAUGGAGCAAAAACUCUGGAAACAGCUUUUGG